GUGUUUAUCUCUCCCUAUGAAACUCCACUCCAUCAUCUUCCAUGGAGGAACACCAAGAAGAAGGGUUUCUUUUGCCCACACCACUGGCAAAACUUCUAUCCUUUCAAACGGAUUUGAUCUACAAUGGCCUGGUCUCGGUCUUUUCCCCUAUCUUCUCUCUUUUUGCCGUGGCCUCAGAAUCCUACCACCGAGCUGAGGAGACCACACACAGUGUCGAAUCAGCAGUGCAACGUGUUCCUUCUCAAAUCACUCACGGUGGCACACUCUUGCUGAAGAAGCUGGGACUCUGCUUUCUCAGUGUCGCCUAUGUCUGCAUGAUUCUGAUCUUCCUCCUUUUUCUGGCUACUGUGGUGGGUGUUGGUCUGGUUCGGUUCUGGGUGGAGGAACCCGUUUCCGUCAAGGAAAAAUUGCAUUUUGACUACACCCAACCUCACCCAACAGCUUUGUUUUUAUUCAAUGGAUUCACAAGCUACAAGGGUCACCUAAGGAGAAAGCAAAUCAGUGUUCCAGUUGGUCACACCUUUUUCGCUUCUCUUCUCCUCCUGAUGCCUGAAUCUGACUUCAACAGGGAGCUUGGCGUGUUUCAGUUAACUGCAGAACUAGUUUCUGUGGAUGAACAUGUGAUAGCAAAAUCUAGCCAGCCAUGCAUGUUGCGGUUCAGAAGCUCCGCGAUUCGACUGGCCAGAAGCUUUCUGAUGGGUGUGCCUCUGGUAAUGGGAAUCUCAGGGGAGACUCAGAACAUCGAUGUCGAAAUACUGAGACACAAAGAAGAUUACAGAAGAAGCAAUGCUAUCAGAGUAACUUUGCAUCCAAGAGCAGGAACAUGGAAUCUUCCAGAGCUUUAUGAAGCUGAAAUUGUGAUGAGAUCGAAUUUACCUUGGACUAAAGAGUUGGUUCGAAAUUGGAAGUGGACAUUUUACGUUUGGAUGUCCUUGUAUGUCUACAUUGGUCUUCUUCUGACUCUCCUAUGUUGUUACAGACCAGUUCUUUUUAUGGUGACACCACAGCACUGUUCCAGUGAAGUUGCAAUUGCAAGGGGAGAAGAUGGAAAUGAGGUUUGUGAGUUGUUGAGGAAAUGGAGAAGAAGCAGAGGCAAGAGAAAAAGUAGGGUGACACAUGGUGGUGUUGCAGAAAGUGUUGUUGGUUCAUCAGCAUCCUCCAUUAGCAUGACUACUACCAGAGAAGAUGUAACAAGUGUGUCUGUGGAAGAUGAUGUUGAAGAUUCUGAAUCAGUUUGCUUAAGUUAGAGUGCUAAUUUUACUCAGAAACAGGGGAUGUAACUUCAUCUUCACUUACUUUCUAUAUUAUGGUCGAUUAUAAGUUUGUCAACUUUUAUAAUGUUUAAUUGUGAACAUGGUGUUUUCUAUUUUUAGUGAAAAAUGAGAAUGAAAACUACUAGUAAUUCUCUGGUU